AUGUCUGAAGAUAAAGCCCAGUCGCGAUGGAUAGAGAUCAACUGCGACUUAGGGGAAGGCUUUGGAAGAUGGAAACUAGGACCUGAUGAGGACUUGAUGCGCUAUAUCGAUGUAGCAAAUAUCGCUUGCGGGUUCCACGCCGGCAACCCUUCUACUAUGGUGCGCACAGUUCGCCUCGCAAAGCAACGUGGUGUGCGAGUUGGUGCCCACCCAGGAAUGCCAGACCUCCUUGGCUUUGGUCGUCGCCGCAUGGAGAUUUCCCCUGACGAUAUGUACGCUCUGGUCUUAUACCAAGUCGGAGCUCUCGCGGCUAUAAUUGCUGCAGAGGACAUGUCGCUUAAUCACGUCAAGCCACACGGCGAGCUCUAUUUCUAUAUACAGCGAGACGCUGGUAUUCGAGAUGCCGUGCUUCGCGCCGUCAAAACUUUCAAGGUCCCCAUUUAUGGACUGCCAACUAAGCAUAUGGUCGAGGACUGCCAGAGGCUCGGGGUAGAGCUUAUCCCCGAGUUCUAUGUGGACAUCGACUAUAAUGACCAAGGCGGACUGGUACCAGUGGCAGAAUCCGCCCCUGUUACUUCGGAGCUGAUUGCUGAGCGCAUCCGCAUCUUCACGAGUAAGGGCCAGGCUAUUUCCAAGAGCGGGAAUGCUGUGGAUAUACCUGUUGAUAGGAAAGGGUUUAGUAUAUGCAUUCACUCAGAUCUACCAGGUGCAUUGGACAAUGUUACUGCUGCGAGAGCAGCUGUUGAAGAGCAGAGAGUAUCAUAG